AUGGCCAGUAGUGCACUGCAGAUUGUUGGACUGGUAGUUGGAGGCAUUGGCUUAGUUGGGACUUUUGCAAUCACUGGCAUGCCUCAAUGGAGAGUAACUGCCUUCAUUGAAAACAACAUUAUAGUAUUUGAGACCAUUUGGGAAGGACUAUGGAUGCACUGCAUCAGACAAGCCAACAUCAGGAUGCAGUGCAAAGUCUACGACUCCCUCUUGGCACUUUCACCUGAUCUACAGGCAUCCAGAGGACUGAUGUGUUCUGCUUCAGCACUCUCAUUUCUUGCUUUUAUAAUAGCCAUUAUGGGCAUGAAGUGCACACAGUGCACUGGGAACAACAAGCAAACCAAGGGUCACAUUCUGCUGGCAGCUGGAGUCCUCUUCAUCCUAUCUGGUAUUGUUGUGUUCAUCCCAGUGUGUUGGGUUGCCAAUACCAUCAUCAGAGACUUCUACAAUCCAGUUGUCAAUGUAGCACAAAAACGAGAACUUGGGGAGGCCCUCUACAUAGGCUGGGUAUCUGCAUUCUGUCUCAUCUCCGGGGGAGCAAUAUUCUGUUGCUUCUGCCGUUGUAAUGAGAAAGCCAGAAACUACAGGUUCUCAGCGCCUUCACAUCAUACAUCUUACAAAACUCAUCAUAUGCAAAGGAAAACUGAAAGCUCAUAUUCCAAAAGUCAGUAUGUCUAG